AUGGCUGUACCAUCCAGAGGGGGAUCGGAAGUAGGUAGCCAUGGAUUGGCUAAGGGCGAACCGACCAAGCCGCGCAAGAGGGUUAAGGGAGCCGCUAAUAAAAAUAAGGGCGCGGCUGACAACCAUAAUGCGGUUGUGAGCUGCUUUGACACCGAAAUUCUCGGCGAGAGUCAAGCCGGGGACCAUGCCGGUAACAAGCAUGUUCCCACUCAUUCCCUGCAGGAUGGCACGGCUGAAGGCGUUGAAACACACGAGGAGCGUGUCGAGGACAACCAGGCAGAGGAUUUCGCCAUGGGGGACGGUGCGGAGGACGAAGGCAACGAUGGCGGGGAGGGCGACGAAGAGGAAGAAGGCGACGAUGGGGACGAAGGCGACGAAGGCGACGAAGCCGACGAAGGCGACAAAGGGGAGGAAGGCGACGAAGGCGACGAAGGCGACGAAGGCGACGAAGGGGAGGAAGGCGACGAAGGGGAGGAAGGCGAGGAGGAGGACGAGGGGGACGAAGGAGAGGAAGGCGACGAAGGUGACGAAGGCGAGGAGGAGGACGAGGGGGACGAAGGGGAGGAAGGCGACGAAGGUGACGAAGGCGAGGAAGGCGACGAAGGGGAGGAAGGCGAGGAGGAGGACGAGGGGGACGAGGGGAACGAGGGGGACGACGAGAACGAGGGGGACGAGGGGGACGAGGGGGACGAGGGGGACGAGGGGGACGAGGGGGACGAGGGGGACGAGGGGGACGAGUGGAACGAGGGGGACGAGGGGGACGAGGGGGACGAAGAUGAAGAAAUGGUUAACCAGGCUGUUGAGGAAGCAGCCGGGGAGGAAGAUGAAGACUGCACGGAAUCGGAUGCUAGUGCAUACGCUGUGAGAGAGAUGCGAAAGCGUGGCGUUCAAGAAGCUAGUCGCGGGACGACCGUGGACGAGGAUGCAGAAGAGGCACAGGCGUUGCAAAGGGGGAGGUUCAAACUGUUGUUCGGUUUGGGCCCUGCCCUCCCCGAGCAGGAAGCACAGGAGGACGGAGAGGAGCCCACUCCCAAAAUAGGAGAGGUCGUGGUUGCUGCAGGCCGCGCUCGGACUGUCAACAAUGGCCGUCCUUUGCAGCCUAAGAAGAAAAGAAAGGUUAACGGGGGCGAGGAGAAAGGAGAGGCAAAGCCAGGCUCAGCUGGAAAGGCAAAGCCAGGCUCAGCUGGAAAGGCAAAGCCAGGCUCAGCUGGAAAGGCGCCAACCAAGAAGAAAGGCCCUCUCUCUCACAUCCUAUUCACUAAACUUUUGUUCUCGUCUCUCCCUCUCCCUCUCUCACUCCCGUCUCUAUCUCUCCCCAUGUCACUCCCGUCUCUCCCUCUCCCCAUGUCACUCCCGUCUCUCCCUCUCCCCAUGUCACUCCCGUCUCUCCCUCUCCCCAUGUCACUCCCGUGCCCAUUCUGUUAUCACGCAAAUAGCUGUGUGAGGGGCCAGCCCCAAAACGCAGGAGCAACCGCGGGGGCAGCUCCAAGGGCGGUGGCCGGCGCGAAGGGGCAGGGAGCAGGCGCAGAAAGGCGCGCGGGUGCAGCUCCCGGGUCACCGCCAUCUGCACGUGCUAAGGGGCAGGGUGCAAGCGCGGGUGCAGCUCGCAAGGCGUUAUCUGGUGCGAGGGGGCAGGGAGCAGGCGCAGGAAGGAGCACGGGUGCAGCUCCCGGGUCACCGCCAUCUGCAGGUGCUAAGGGGCAGGGUGCAAGCGCGGGUGCAGCUCGCAAGGCGUUAUCUGGUGCGAGGGGGCAGGGAGCAAGCGCAGGGGGGAGCACGGGUGCAGCUCCCGAGUCACCGCCUUCUGAAGGUUCUCUGGGGCAGGGAGCAAGCGCGGGUGCAGCUCGCAGGGCGUUAUCUGGCGCAAGGGGACAGGGACCAAGCGCAGGUUCAGCUCCAAUGGCGGUCCCUGGUGCGAGGGGGCAGGGAACAAGCGCAGGUGCUGCACCAAGGGCGGUGGCGGGCGCAAGGGGUCCAGGAACUACCGCAGCUGCAGCUGCAAGGGCGCUGGUACCAGUCACUGCGAGGACAAAUCAGCAGGCGUUUGUCACGCGUGCGGAGCUGGAAGCAGUUAGGGCCGAAAUCCUUCGUGCAAUCGCACAUGCUCCACUGGUUCCAGGCACCGCACCGGGUGUGCCACCCAACGCAACUACGGGCGUGCAACGUGUGGAAAACCGUGGUCCAGAGCAAAUCGCUUUGGAUGCGGUUUUCUGUGAUGCCGGCGACUGGAAGUGCCCCACCACCAAGGGUGCCUUCCUCAAAGCGUGUAGCAACACGCGCUGCUCUAUAGGCAAGGUUUUUAGGCGUAUUGUAUUCGCUGCAUUGGGCAGUGACAAGUACACGACCAAGGUGAAGUACCUGCCAAAAGGGCUGCCGCGCCCAAAGGACGUGGUGAAGCAUGAGGACUUGCUUCAAGCCAGCAUCAGUGGAUGGCAUGUCAACCCCAUCACCCAACAUCCUUUUGCCACGAAGCUCUUUGCCGUCGCAAUGAGGAGGGCGUUCACAAGGCGUGGUGUGCACCUCGUGGUGUGGAAGUCACGCAUGGUGGCUUUCGCGUUGUUCACUCUGGAGAACCCUCUUCUGGAAAAGGCUACUGAUGGCAAGCUGAGCAACGACCAGAGUGAGAACCGCACCAAGUUUCACGAGACAUGUGACAGGGUUCGCCGGUGGGUGGAGCAUUCCGUGCUCAAGUUGGCGGUCCCCUAUGAUCGCGCUGCGCAGGCGUAUGUGUUUGGCGGCCAUGGUGUUUGCAUUGAUGCAUCUGACUUCCCACAACUCCCCCGUACUUGA